CUUUAUCUUUUUCUUAGCUAUACAAUGAUGAUCCAAAACGUGGCUAGAAGAUACGCUUUCCAGCGCAUGUCGGUGAGACACCUGUCUCUCUGGUCAAAGGCCAAAGACCUCAAUGCCAAGGUGGAUAAGCUUGGAGAUGAAAAGAAUGUUGCUGCGCAAAAAACCUUAAAGUAUUUAAGAAAAGCUGGAAUUGGCUCGAUGGUUGUGAUGUUAUUGUCGUUGGGGUAUGCCGGUCUGUUUGUAGAGUAGUGCCAUUAAGUAAAAGUAAUGAAAGAUAUGAAUGUA